CAGGUUUGCCACUAUGAUGCUCCACCUCCGAGGAUCCAGGAAGGGGCUACACAAGAAGUGUGUUCCCUUCCUGGGAGAAUACCUGAGUCUUCUGCAUAUGAUGGACAUGAGGAUGAAGGAUGUUCUGGAGGAGGACAAAAUUCUGCAGGAGAUAGUGGUGCUACAGGAGGCUGCAAAACAAUACCGAAUCCAACCUGAAGAGCAAUUCCGGGCCUGGUUCUGGGCCCUGGAGCGGCUCAGUGAGAAUGAGAGUUACAUCCGGUCCUGCCAGCUGGAGCCAUAGUCCUAGGUGGCCAGGGGAAAACUGGUCGAAGGAAUUCAUUGGUUUCCUGCAGAUGUGGAAAUUAUUCUGAACGUCAUAGCAGUUUCAUACACUAAAUGGGAACUAUAGUUUUAUAUUUACCCAUUCAUAUAUAGUCAUAAUACAUGU